CUCCAAACUCCAACAUACUAGUACCGAUAGGCUAGCAAUACUAGUAUUGUACUCCAACACACUCCAACCAAAGAAGUGCCAUUGAUGUUUCAUCAUUAGCCAUCUGGGUAAUCUAAUCCACCAUGACGACCAACUUGGCACCAUGGCAGUAUCAUUGGAAGCGCCCUCGGUGGCAGGCAGUCGAUGAUCUUACUCCUGAUGAGAAAGACCACAAGAAGAAGCAAGAUGGCAUCGAAGGAACGUGUCUCUGCAUGACAUCCGCACUGGUAGCCGAAGAGGAAGUUCCGGAUUAUCAGGAAGAUAAUAACAGUGGGAGGGGGCACAGCAAUCCAUCGUGGAUGUUGAAUGUCAAUGUGGUAGCAUCACCCUUUUGCAGCGUGGAUCCGAUUCAUGAAACGACGGAAAGCACUACUACUGUGGAUGUUACCCCAAAGAGUGGAGAUCUACUAGUGUUGGAACUUGUAAAGCAGCCGGGUCCGACCAAGGAGAAAGACGAGAAAAACGAAGAAGAAUCGAAGGAAUCGAAAGCAGCCUUACAAGCAGAACAGCAACAGCAACCACCAUCACCACAUCAACAGUUUCGAAAAGUCUUGAGAUGGCCGGGUGUGGCUCUGCAAUCCGACAAUGUCAAAGACGAAGACGACGAAGAAAGCACACAAAGCAACAGCAGCCGAAAGUCGUGGAGAAGCAAUUUGCCAGGAUGGUUGGGUGGAACCCCAAAGUCGAGAUCGUCGUCAAGGACGGUUGGGAUUGUCGCAGCCUGUUUGUGUCGUCGACAAGUGGACAAUCAGCAAAAGGCAGCUGCUUUGGAUGCACUCGAUACCAUGACGUUCUUGUCAUUAGGAAUGGAUGCAUCCGAAGCUCCUCAAUACUCGAGACCAUCGGAGGGUGGUGAAUCGACGAGGGAUCCAGAGGAAGGCGAGCAAGAUUUGGAGCUUCCCCUUCCAGAGCUCUUGUUGGUUUGCUUGUGCAGUGAUGGCAGUGUCCAUGUGUACUCGCCUUGGAAAUUGUUACAGCUUCCUGCCACGCAAAACAAGGAGAAAGAACAGGAGGAUCUCUUUGCCAAUUCCAUGUCAACCUUCCUGCUGGGAGACUAUGUUUUGGAGCAGCUGCAAUCCAGCAUUUGGCCUCUCAGUCAACCCGAAGCUACUAUCAUGUUGACCAUGCCAUUGCGCAAGCCCGGAAAGAAAGAGUCGCCCGUGUCCGACAGUACUAGCACGAGUGGUAGCAACCGUGAGAAUCAGGACAACGUAGAGGACGGCACAGGGAUAUCCUUGUGGGAUCGUAACCUUUGGGACCCAACCGUGGAACCUUUCACUGCAAUCUACCGAACCGAAGACAAUGUUCCCACACACUGCGUCUCCGCAUUCGAAUAUGUGGCGAUUGCUGGACGAGGUAAACGAGUCCAACGUGGCAGAGACAAGGCACCAGUGGAAGGUGGUUUCAUUACACUGCUCUCGCUUCGACAUUAUUCUGAGGUUCGAACGCUCUUUCUUCCCUUUGUUCCGAAACAUGUUUCUCCGUUUGUUUGGGGGGCAAUGCAGUUCUUGUAUGUAAUUGGAGGAAAAGGAGUUGCGAUUGCCAUUCGCAUUGAUAUGUCUGUGGCAAACACGGUCAUCUGCGGGGGAGCUCCGUCUGCGAUGCAAGAUGGCAACCAGCCCAUGAUGCCAACUGUCAGCUCCGAUCAAAGUCUCUUGUCUCAGCAAUCCUCGAACAGCCUUCACAAGAAUCGUGAUCAGCCAAGGAAGGUACGCUGCGUGGUCCACCGUUUCCAGAUCCUCCCAAUUCUUCUUCCCGAAACCAUUGACGAUGAAACCGAGGCGUUGUCCGUUGCAACGUCAUUUCUCUUUGGAUCUUCUCCGUUUGCAUCCCCUCCGAGGCUGGCACUGGUCUCGCCACAAAAUUCGCAAAAUCAGAUCUUGGCGCAGCAGCGAACGCUCGAGGCGGUGGAUUUUGUUCGUCCCGCGCUAGUCAAUUCUUCGGCUUCCACAAAGCUUUUUCGAGGAUACCGACGAUCUCGACAUCGGAAAAUGCUGGCAAUUGGAACCUCUCUGGAGCAGAGACAUGUUGCAAGAGUCCCAUGUGCCGUGACUGCAGCUGCCAGUGUUGGUAGCACCGUGGAUUGUUGGGCGAACGACCCAUGGUGUCAUGUGGGACAGGGAUGGUGUCUAUUGGGGGUGCUGAAUCGCGUGCACUUCAUUUGCUGGGAAGGAGCCACCGCAUCGAAGGGCGCCUUUGUACAGGAGCUGGGGGCUUCCGGCGUGGAUUCGGUGGAAGGGUCAAGUCGAUGUCUUUCUUCCUACGUCUUGCCCAUCGACCCAUACUCAACGCAAGCGGCACUCAAUUAUCAAAACUUUGUCCCGGAUCUGGCUCUGCCGUUUACCCAAUCGGAUGCAUCGGCCAAACACUCCAAGUUGAAACGAGCCAUUGCAAAUGAACGGAGAAAGACUCGUGGCAUUUCUGUAGGGCAUGAAGGGACUGAUAGUGGAAUAGACGACGAAGUUGUCGAGGACGCCAUUCAAAGUAUUUCGAUGGCAGACUACAAAAGGAAUGUCUUCGACACCAGCCCUCCUGCUUCAUACAAGCGCAGAGUGAAGAACUAUUCGCAUCGCGAAAAGUCAGUGCGGUUGCUUCGGAAGUGCCCAGCAUGGUCUCAGCUGGAUGAUACGAAAGAAAACAGGAUGCGGCUAGAAGGACAAGUGCCUGCCGUCAACAUCAGACCGCAAAAUCAGCUAGGGAACCAAUAUAUCUUGACCGUCCGCCGCAUCUAUGCUGACAACGGGGCGGCAGGGACUCCGUUCUAUCAAAUACUGUCGUGGCUGUCGCACAGAAAUGAUUUCUUCACUGCCGCAUCAGUGGCCUUGGAUCUUAAAAAAGAUGUGAGCACGUUGAGGCACUUAUGGAGGUCGUUUGACAGGAUUGAUGAAGACGACGAAAGGACCAAGUUAGAAGGUUUGCUUGAUGGAAUUGUUCCUAUCGACAGUAUCAGCCGUAACAGCGAACUUUUGGACGCAACACUGACUCAAUUGGCAGACAUGACUGUUGGCUGCUUGACAAGAGGUGGUUUUGGCAUGUCUGCCACCCUCGAAUACUUCCUGCAGCAAGAUCAAUACUACGAUCAGUCUCGAACUUGCCUUGUUCUGGCUGCCAUUGCGGCGCAAGCAGUUUCUGACGAGGAAGGCACUCUCGCUGCGUUAAUGGGCGAGUCUUACCAGAGACCUGAUGAUCCUGAUCAGUUGAUUAAGGACAUCUUAUGGCCUUUGCGUUGCCUUCUCCAAGUCGGUGUCGCCCGUGAUUGUCUUUCUGUCUCAUUGGCCCUAAUCAAUGCAGCAGUGCCGGACGAGCUCCGUCACAAACAACAACGAGAGCAAUUCAUUGAUUCUAUGAAGCUGUGCACGGAGCUUGUAAAACUGAUUAUUGGUUGUUCUCCACAGGCCACGCAAUUACUGCUAGAUCUGGUUGACGAAAAAGACAAGAAGCGGUUUUGGUAUUCUCUAAAUCACGACACACAAAUGGAGCUCGCACUCAUCGUCCUUGAAGAAAAAUGUCCCAUGCUUCAUCAGCUGGAAGUACGAUAUUGGGUGUCUCAAUAUCUCCAAAUGUGCUUGCAGGGCGCAGCCAUCAGUGCGCUGCGUGGACCUCAUAGUGUGCGUACAGACUGGCUGAAUCGUCUCUGUUCGGCUUGUUUGGUCAACGCCGAGUGCAACAUUUCUACCCUGAUCUCGUCCAACAACAGUCAGCCAGAGUCUACCAAUGACGGAUUGAACGAGCACGUCCUCGAGCUUACACUGACUCGCGACGCUCUUGUCGCUGGAUACGGCACUGGCGGCUUGGAUUUCAAUCUGUUUAUACCGGCCCUGUUGCUUUUGGAAGGUUGCAACCACCAAUGGAAUGAUGACUCUUGGGUUUCCACACAGUCCAUUCUGAAGGCUGCCUGCAGCUUGGCGGGGCAUGUCGCAGCUGACGAGCCACUAUUCAAGUUUGAUGGUACGACACUCAUGAAGCAAUGCGUGAUUGCUGGGAACAUUUGGGCAGGGGCCAACUUGAUUGGGGGCAGCAAUGGUCUUGUGUUGGAGUGUUGUUCCAUUUUGAUUGAAUACUGUGGCAUAUCCAUGGAAGAAGCAGAGACCUACCUGCGCAAAGACGAAUUGAAAGUUCCAGCGUCAAGCAACAACUCUGACGAAUCCGAGAAUCAGAGCGAGUUUGUUCUCAACUACGGGCACCGGCACACUCUGUGGUUGCUGGAUCAGUACGUUCUUCAUGUUCGGACCUUUGGCGAGUUUGACUCGACUCCAGCGCGAGGAAGAGUCGAUCCAGUGUUUGCCGCCCGUGUUUGCUUGCGAACUUGGUACAGCCUGACUCUACCACAGUUAUCGAUGGCAUCAGUUUGGUUGGCAACCUGGCUUCGUCAGCAGCUGGGGAUGGAGGAUGACGUCGUGAGCAAGAAGCGAUUGGCUUGUGCCGCACUGACGCGGGUGCUUUUCUGGCCGUCCGGUGACAACAGUGACAUUGUGCUCGGAAACGAAAUGAAACUGGAGAGUAGGUUCUUGGUUCAAUUGUCCCAGGCUUGUUGGAACUUGGUGGAAAGUGUUCCACCCGGCAUUGCGGAUGAACUUCUCGCCCGAGACACGGUUGAAAGCUCCAGUCGAAAACGAGUUUCGGCAUGAGCUGUCUGUGUGGAUGUGCCAACAAAUUAAAAGGAAGGCAGUCUGGAGAGACCACUUGACUCGACUUUAGCCCCAGGUUACAGUUUGCUAGUAGUAGGAGAAGGAGCCGCAAGAUUGCUGGCUCGUCGGACCAGUAUGUGGGCAUGGUCAAUAUCAGGUAGGCUCUUGAGGUGUGGAGGAUUCUUCCAAUGGAGGACAUCCAGAACAUCCCCCAGAUCUUGUUUGAUUUCUUGACAUGCAUCCUCAAUCUCGGCAUCUGUCACUAGCCCACCUAUCUUCCAUAGUACAUAGUGCCAUAUUCCCGGCUCCGUGUAGUAUGGAAAGUCAUUCAAGCUCAGGUUUGAUGCUGGCUCUUGUUGGAGUUCCGGCAAAAGAGGGGUUUCCCACAUGCCAUCGACCCAGCGCUUUUCCAGCCCAAACUUGGAAUGCAAUAUAAAGUGGUGCAAAUCCCGCCAUUGCCGUUUCAUGUCACGCAUGUACUCUUGAUACUUUGCCUCCUGCUCGACACUUCGCGAGAACCUGGCCAAAUCCUUGUCCCGUAUUAUUUGCUCCAGCUCGGUCCAGUUGAAGGGCUUAGUUCGAUAUCCGUAUUCUCGCUCGGGUAGAACAAUGGGAGUGCUGUUGUUAUUACUGGAAUGGCUGCCACUGCUGCUACCGGCAAGAGAUGAUGCUGCCGAUGAAUGUGAAUCUUGGGUGCCAAAGCUUCGAUGGUGGCUUGGCUCUCGAAAGAAGGCAACCACCCUACCUGCUUUGAAUCUCAGUGGAUUUCGGUAUGCACAUUGCGCAACCCGGAAAGAGGAGGAGACCAUUAUCAUGGUCAUGGAGAGCUUCCUCAGGACUCUCAUCAUCUCGGUCUCUUGUGCGAAACAUUGGCGGCAUCCCAAGCAAGGAUUAGCCUUAACUCUACUGUAUUUUUGAUUGCUAGGUGCGGCGAUGGCAAUUCAUUUUGACCCAGGCCAACAUGAUGGGUGGGCGGGUCUACGUCUAGGUCUAGCUAGCUAGAGAGCAGUAGCCAUGGGUCAAUGGGUGCUGUUCGAACAUUGCUUGCUCAGAGACUUCCCUUUGCCAAUAAGAAAGCAAAGAAACCAACCCUUGCAACGCGAAAACGUUGGUGGCAAAUGUAUCAGGCCAGUGACACUAAACUGUAAGCUGCAAAACGACAAACACAGAACAACAGGUGGCGUAAGCAAGUGGGCCUUCGUGGAACUAUUGAAUACGGUACCACCAUAAAAGUUGACAAAGUCCUACUAAGAUUAUAUGGUACUAG